GAUUCGUUGAAUUUCCUUCCGAUGAAAUUGGCAAAGAUCCCAGAGGCGUUUGGACUAGAGGAACUCAGCAAAGGACUUUUUCCGCAUUUUUUCAACACAAAAGAAAAUCAAACUUACGUUGGACCCUUUCCAGCUCUAGAAUAUUAUGGAUACAAUUUUAUGUCGUCGGGAGAGAGAAAGAAAUUAGCUGAAUGGCAUGCAAGUAAGAGUUCUGAAAUCUUUAACUUUCGAGAAGAGAUGCUGAAAUACUGUCGAUCAGACGUUGACAUCUUGAGACGGGGCUGCAAAGCGUUCCGAAAUACCGUCAUUCAGGCCACAACUGUAGAAACAUCAGAAGUGGAACCCGAUGGUACUAUUUCAAAGACUAUCACCGACGGAGUAGAUCCUUUUGAGUAUGUUACAAUUGCUAGUGUUUGUAUGGGUAUAUUCAAAACCCUGUUUCUGAAACACAGUAUGGAAGUAGAAGUCACUAGGGAUCAGGAAUCUACCUGGCACAAGUUAGAAGACUUUGAGGGAGUAAAGGGUGUGUGGCUUGAUGGGAAUUGGGUUUCCCUCAUCGACUUGCAAAACGAGGAAAAUACGGAAGUUGGAAAACGACAAUUGACGAGUCCCAUAGCUGUCGUACCUUCUCAAGGAUAUACUUAUAAAGAGAAUUUCAGCAAGAUCUCCAUUCAGUGGAUAGAGUGGCUCAUGGCCCAAAGCCAACAGCGAGGAAAACCCGUUCAUAUUCGUCACGCUCUCAAUGGGGGAGAGUACCACAUACCAGGCACCAAUUACCGAUGCGACGGUUUUGUUGAGAAUCCUAAGAGGAAAGGCACCAUAUACGAAUUUUAUGGUUGUGUGUACCACGGGUGUCCGGAUUGCUUCCAGCAGGAUCGAUCUGAUGUGAAACACCCUGCGACGAACCAGACAUUAGACGAACUCUUCAAGAUGACCAAAAAGCGAGAAAGAGAACUAAAAGAACUGGGAUACGAUCUGGUCGUUGUAUGGGAGCAUCAAUUUCGUUACCAGCUGGAGAAAAAUGCCGCCUUGCAACAAUUUAUCAACACGUUGGAUCUGCAAGACCGACUUGAUCCCCGUGACAGCUUCUUUGGGGGCCGCACCAAUGCCAUAAAACUCCAUUAUAAAGCUAAAGAGGACGAAAUCAUUCAGUAUUAUGAUUUCACCAGCCUCUACCCUUGGACAAAUAAAUACUGUCGUUAUCCCGUGGGUCAUCCGACCAUUAUCACAGAAGAUUUUCAGGACAUGUCAAACUAUUUCGGUCUUGCUAAAAUCAAAGUCCUGCCACCUAGAAAAUUGUACCACCCCGUACUUCCGUACCGCUCUCAAGGGAAACUGAAAUUUCCUUUGUGCCGCACGUGUGCGGACGCUGAAAAUCAGCAUGCCUGUACUUGUGCUGAAGAGGAAAGAGCCAUUACGGGCACAUGGUGUACUCCCGAAAUCCAAAUGGCAGUGUCAAAAGGGUACCAAAUUUUGAAAAUUUACGAGAUCUAUCACUUCGAGCAAUCGACUCAGUAUGACCCAACUUCGGGUGAGGGGGGUCUGUUUGCAAAGUAUGUUAAUACGUUCCUGAAGAUUAAACAAGAAGCCUCGGGAUUUCCCCCCGAGUGUGUCAGCGAAGACUCGAAACGGGAAUAUAUUAGGCAAUACAAAGAAAAAGAUGGCAUAGACUUAGAGUACGACAAAAUUCAAAAAAAUCCGGGUUUACGCUGUUUGGCCAAACUCUGUCUUAAUAGUUUUUGGGGGAAAUUUGGUCAGAGACUGAGCAUGAAACAGUCCAUGUUCUUUCACGAAUCCGAAUGUGAUAAAUUUUUUCAGAUUCUCUCAGAUCCUACUAAAGUCCCUCACAAUUUUCACAUUGUUUCCAAGGACACCAUUCAGUUUGAAUGGAGUAAUCACCCUAUGUUUAUGCCCACUGAUUGCAAAACAAACAUAUUUUUGGCAAGUUUCACAACUGCGCAUGCGCGAUUGCGCUUAUAUAGUGUAUUAGAUCGGUUGGGGGAGGAGGUUUUGUAUUUCGAUACAGAUAGUGUCAUUUUCAAAACCCAAAAGUCGGACGACUUGCAUUAUCUACCCAUAGGAAAUUAUUUAGGGGAAUUGACCAACGAGAUCAGACCAGAAGAUGGUUACAUUGUAGAAUUCGUGUCGGGGGGUCCCAAAAAUUAUGCAUACCGCACUCUUUCUGGUAGGGAAGAAUGUAAAGUUCGUGGGUUUACUUUAAACUGGGCCAACUCUAAAGUGAUCAAUUUUGAAGCUAUCAAAUCCUUAAUUUGUACAGCACAUGAUAAGCAAAUUGAAAUCACUAAUCCCUGUAAAAUAUCCAGGGACAGUCGAAAAAGAAAAUUGUUAAACCGUAUAGAAACCAAACGAUAUCAAAUGGUUUACACCAAAAGAAGAAUUCUACCCAAUGUAGAUACACUGCCAUUUGGAUUUUGUGAAAAACUAUGA